AUGUCUCCCAAGUCCUCCAGUCAGAGACGCAUGCAGAGAUCUGCAAGACAGAAACUCGAAGCUGUUCGAACUGGUGCCGGUUGCGACUUGAUCGCGGUCUGCAACAAGCUCCCGUUCACUCUUCACAAGGAUGUCGUUUGCAAGCAGUCGCAUCUUAUCAAUGACAACAUCAUCCAGGGAUACAAGAGGCUCCCCAUCAGCGUCUUCAAAUUCAGAGGCGAUCAGCCCGCUGUCGUUCAAUCCAUGAUCGAGUUCCUUUACACCAAGAACUACACCCUUGGUCCCGACCAAAAACCUCUGACCACGAGAGACUUCGCCGACAAGCCUCUGCCCGCGCUCGAAACCGACCAUGCAACCACCCUCGAGGGUACCGAGAAGAAGUGCUUCGACAACCUCCUCCAUCACAUCCUCGUUAACUCUGCGGCCAUGAAAUACAAAAUCCCUGAACUCGAGAAGCUGAGCCGCGAAAAGCUUUCGAAGUCUCUCAAGCACAACUGCCCCGUCGCUGUGCUGCCUGACCUCAUGGCUGCGGCACUCAAGGAGAAUCACGACUCCGCCCUCAUUCACGUCUUCGCCAUGCGAGCUGCUGCAUGCAUGCCCAAGCUCAUGUCAACUCCCAGAUUCGUGGUUCGAGAGUGGCCUGGCUACUUCAUCUCGCUGAUCUUCUGCGCCAUGACUCCGCCAGAAGAGCUCGAGGCUAAUCCUACGCCUCCAUCUACCUCACCUUCAGACACGGGAAGCGACGAUGUGGAUGAGUUUGUGACUCCCCCAGAAACUCGCAAGGGUUCUCACAAUUUCGAAAAGCCAUGCCGGGCACAGUGA